UAGAGGGAAAAUAAAAUAACACGGCGGCCAUUUUGUAAAUGUUGCUCUCGGGCCAUGGCGGAGAUGGAUGACGGCGAUGAGCCGGGUUUAGUGCACGCGCAUAGCGGUUCAUCGUCUUCAUCCAAGUCAGGGGGAGAUAAAAUGUUUUCUCUCAAGAAGUGGAACGCGGUGGCGAUGUGGAGCUGGGAUGUCGAGUGUGAUACUUGCGCCAUAUGUAGGGUGCAAGUAAUGGAUGCGUGUUUAAGAUGUCAAGCAGAAAACAAACAGGAGGACUGUGUUGUUGUAUGGGGAGAGUGCAACCACUCCUUCCAUAACUGCUGCAUGUCUCUGUGGGUGAAACAAAACAACCGGUGUCCACUAUGCCAACAAGACUGGGUUGUGCAGAGGAUUGGCAAGUGAAGAUGUCCUCUCACAUAUCCACCGUGUUCCUCAUCUACGCUGACCUCGUCUUGCUCUAGGACACACAGGACUGAAUCUUCAGCUGUGCAACAUAACUCCAGUGUGUAUGUUUGUGACUGUAAAACGGAGUGUGUGGACUUUACCAGAACUGCAGCUGACAGUGCUCUGCCUCUCAGUCCUAUAGUGAAACACAUGAGACUGAAGCACCGUACGUUCUCACUGCAGCGUCUGAAAGGUGUGGUGAAUGUCUGUUUAAAUUAUGUUGGAAUAAACAGUUCAAUAAUAAA